GCAGCGGUGUUGGUAGUUCUACCUCACCAAAUUGUUAGGAUGCAAAUAAAUUUUCCGAUUUGCGCAUCCAUUUGUGUUUUUAAAUUACAAAUCAAAACCUAUCUACACACCACAUUCACAAUUCCUUUGAAUUUUGCAGGAAAGGAAAAGGAAUUAGGAAUGGCGGCCACAAACGCAAACGCAAACGCAAUGGCUUCGCAGAAGAAAAUUGUCACCAAAAGAUCCUUGAGCUCAGACAUGGACCGCUGCGUCAAACAGAUGUUGAAACUCAUCGAUGAUGAAGGAGAUUCCUUUGCCAAGAAGGCCGAGAUGUAUUAUCAGAAGAGGCCUAUUCUCAUUGCUCAUGUUGAGGAUUUCCAUCGCAUGUUUAAAAGUCUGGCUGAGCGCUAUGAUCAUUUGGCUGAGCAACAACCACCCCAGCCCCAGGGAUCUGCAGGCAUUAAUGAUCUUCCCUCUGAGCCAACAUCUCCUAAGUCUUCCUCUAAUCCUCCUGAUCGAAAGCCCCUCCGUCGUAAGUCAUCUGGUCCUCCUCGUGCUGCUGGUUUUGAUUUCUUUCUUGGCCCUGCUGGCGGUGGCUCCGAUGCUUCAUCCAUUAGAAAGGAUGGUGAUGACUCUUCUUCUUCUUCACCCGGUUCUGCCUCUGAUUCCGAUGGUGCAUCCUCGUCUAUCAACAAGUACUCGUCUCAAACUCAGUUGCAUGGUGAUAGGGAACAACUGCGCCGCAGGAUAAUUGAAUUAGAAAUUGAGCUCGGCCACGCAAACGAGAAGCUUCGGUUGGCAGACGAGAUCAAUACCCAAGGCUCAUCAAGGUUUGAAGAGUUGCAGAGUAGAUUUACACAAUAUGAGCAAGAGCUGCGUGUUGCAAAUGAAAACCUUCGCCUUUCAACGGAAGAGAUUGACAAGUUGAAGCUUCAACUCGAGGAGACGGAUUUAUCACAACGAACCCAUGAUUUACAGGUUAAGCUUCAAUUAACGGAUACGGAUAUUCAAAUGCCAGAGACGGAGACUGAAAACAAAUCGGAGGAAAGCCAGGUUUGGGAGCUGCGAAAGCGGAUUCGUGAACUGGAAGCGACCAUUUUGGUCGCAGGUGGCAGGAUUGAGGCGUUGAUGGGUGAGCUAAACAUCACAAAGCAAAACCUUCAGGGUAAGGAACAAGAAAUUGUUAGUUUGACGCUUGAACUUGAGAAAAGAGGAUCCUUGGAAGCUAACCACAAAGCUCAGGUAUCAGAGAUGAUGAAUAGGAUAAAUAGGUUGGAAUCGUCCGUUUUAGACCGAGAUUGCAACAUUGAAACAUUGGAGGAAACACUCGGAAUCACAAAAGAAAAACUCGGUUGGUCAGAAGAAGAGAUUGCUAAGUUGAAGGAUGAAAUGAAGAAAAAUGAAUCAUCGGAAUCUGUUGGUGGCUUGCAAAUUGAUCAGUUGGAGUCAGCAGGUGUAUCCGGAGAGGAGGCUGAAAUCGGAUCGGAGAAAAGAUGGAUAUUGGAGCUGCAGGAACAGAUCGUUAGAUACAAAACGGAUAUCUCCGACCGAGAUAAUAAGAUCAAGGAAUUGCAAGCAGCAAUAUCAAAAACUAAGGAGAACUUUUCUCAGGAGAAAUCACGUCUCAAGGCUGAAAUUUCGAGAUUGUCACGUGAAGUCGCAGUGCUAGAAGCAAAAGUGAAAGAAUGGGAAUCGAUGGGCCACAGUCUGGAGGAAGAAAUCAAGCGGGUUGAGUCGGAGAAAACGGAAAUGCAAAGUGUUCAUGGGAUUGAGAAAGUGGGAAUGCAAGGUGAGAUUGAGGAGUUAAAGGCGGAGAUUUGGAGGAGAGUUGAAGAGGUAGAAACAUUGAAUAAAAGCUUUGAGACACUUAAACAGGAAUAUGAUGUGCUGAUAUCAGAGAGAGACGGGAUGAAUGACAAGGUACAAACACUGCUGGGAGAAUUGACGGGUAGAGAUGAACAGAUUCAUAAGAUGGGCGACGAUUUGGAACAAUUAAGGAACGAGCAGAUGGAGGUGAAGAAGGGAUGUGAAGGGACUCACAUACUGGUGGAAGAGCUUCAAUCAAGGGCGAAACAACUAGAGGAAGAGGUGGAGAAGCAGAGAACGACGAUCGUGGAUAGGAGUGAAGAAAAACGGGAGGCCAUAAGGCAGCUUUGUUUCUCACUGGAUCAUUACCGGGAUGAGAAUCAGAAGCUUCGUCAGGCUUAUCUCACUGCAUCAUUGCCGUCUUUGGUCUAUAAUCUUCUAUGA